AUGGCUCCCGCUCCCGCUCCCGUUCCCGUUCCCGUUCCCGUUCCAGCUCUACCUCCAGCCAUGGAUACUAAGGACGAGGGCGACGGUGGCGCCAAGAACCAGAGCAGCAUGGUGGUGGACGAGGGCGACGGUGGCGCCAAGAACCAGAACAGCAUGGUGGUGGUGAAAUCCGAGGCUGUCUGCACGAAUGGUGGCCCUCUGGUGGUUGGUACUGAGCUUGUGAAAUACGAGGGAGGCGAUACCACUGAAUGCUCGAGCUCGUUUGGGGACACCUGCUCUGGAUUUGAAGGUGAGGCAGACAAUGGUGAACCAGAAGUGAAUUCUGGCCUGUCCGCUCAUGCCAACGGUGUUGGGCCCUCAAAGCCCCCUAGAAGGAAAAAGGUGAUGGCUGAGUGGAGCAAUUCUGUUCGUCCAAUUCAGUGGAGAUGCCACUGGUUAGAGUUGCGAAUGAGGGAGCUUUCAUCCCAAGUAUCGAAGUAUGACAGGGAGCUUGCUCUAAUAAAUAAACAAAAGGAAUCAAAACAGGCAGUAAGCAAAGCAAAUGGUACUAUGUCAGAAUCGAUGCAGAUGCACAAAGGCCAUGGAAACAGUAUCAUGAAGAGGAGAAAGAGGAAGAGGCAUGAAGAAAACGUGGAUGCGUCCUUAUACAUCAACAAGCACCGGAUAUUGUCAUACUACCAUGAUCAACAAAAUAAGGGAGCUGACACUGAUGGUGUCUUAGUUGAUGACGAUUGUAGCACAGUUGAUGGUAGUAUGAGAGGUGGACUUGACACUGCUACAUUGCUGGAUUCCGAGGAUUAUGAUAUGAUUUGCGAGCAACGUACUUUACAGGAUAUUCUCUUGACAAUUGAUGGGGUUCAGUCUCGAGUUCAUCUGCUGCAAGAUCGUCUCAGCAAGGCUCAUUCUGAAGGAGAAAAUUUGGCAUUUUCUGGGGGUGAUACUCAUGUCAGGGUGUCUCGGAAGAGACAGCGUACUCAAAAGCACUCAUUCUCUUAUACAAAGUCUCGACAUACUAAACCACAGAAAAAGAAGAAUGUAAACAUUUUGCUGAAGGAUGAUGAUGGACAAGCACUUUCAGGAGGAUCUGCUUUGUCUGACAGGGAAACUGAUGCUCAUAUAAUAGGUACAAGUAGGACUACUGAAGAAAGAAGUGGAGAGUGCAAUCACUUGAGGGACGAAGCCAUCACAUUGGACCUACUGUUGGGUACUGGCAAUUCCAUAACAAAUAGUGAUAUUGGGGAUUUAUACAAAGUAAAUACUGAUGAUAUCCUCAUAGACAAUCAAGGAGCCAAUGAAGCUUGUGAGCAGUUUUAUAAGGCCAAGCAGCCUUCUGGAAGUUCUUCCAAAGACCAGAACAUUUCUACUCCAGCAGAAAUGAAGAAUAAUUCUCCACCAGUUGAAGUGAAGAACACUUGUGCUCCAGUAAAAGUUGAGAGCAUUUGUGCUCCAGUUGAAGUAGAUAGCACUUCUGUUCCCACAUUGGAGCAAGAAUCAUUCCUUGAAAAGUCACCCUCGAGGAAGCUCGUCUCCCCUGGGAACAAGCAGGAGCUGGAACCUAAGAAAAGGCAGAAGAAAGUCUCUUUCUUUACCAAGAAGCAGAGGAAAGAGGCCUCCAAAACUCCUGAUGCAAAGGAAAAAACUGAGGGCAUGCCCUCAGCUGCAAAGAACCAAAGGAGCACGGCCUCUGAUGUAGCAAAGGAGAAAACUGAAAGCACACACUCUCCUGCAACAGGGCCGGGUGGAAAGAAGCGUAAAUCUGGAAAUGAACCUGCAGAUGCAAAGAAGAAUAGAUCUUUGAACUCAUCCUUGGCAUCGAAGGAGCAGAAAACUGGGAAGCCAUCCUCAACAGUGAAGAAGCAGAAAACUGAAAAGUCGACCGCAGCUGCAAGGGCGCCAAAGGCUGAAAAUGCAGGCUCAGCAGCAAAGAAGCAGGAGACUGAUACCAUGAAUCGAUCCAGCUACUUCAGUACUUCACCACUGCUUACUGUGCCAGCCAGGCUGCUACCACAGGCCGAGAAAGGAUGGAGGACCCCAUGGCUGGAGCUGCCUGCCUGUGCAGCUGUGCUGAUGGAUGAAGCUGUAAUCUUGCAGCUAUACAACCAAUGCGAUCUGAACUCGUCAGUGAUGGAGUUCGUAGCUGUUGGAGGAUGGCCAGUGGCCAAUGGACGACGUCGAUCUGAACUUCACUGCCUUGAAGCCAAGUUAGCCUGGCAGAAGGCCACUGGAGGCCGAGGAGCCUAG